UGAAGGCAAUUACCUCUUGGUCUUUUAAAGGAAAUAUGCUGAGGCAAACAUCACCACCAAUUUCUAUGUGAUCAAUGAGCCCUGGCUCUUCUCCCUGGCCUGGUGCUCUGGGGCGCACUCUGUGACCACGAAUGCUGUCCACAUGCUGAAGAACCUCAGCCAGCCACUCUUCCUCAUGACACCACGGCAGUACAACAUCAUGUGGAUCCUGACAGACCUGACCUCAGUGCUUCUCAUCUCGCUCAUCUUUGCUCUGCACUGGUGGCGAGAGCGGAGCUUCUCCUGCUGUGCCCAUGAAGGUGACCCGAUGCUGGAAAGUGGCACCUACAACAAGUUCAGGACAGAGCUUAGCAACAUGCCAACCGUCAUGGCCUGAUGUGAGCAGGGAGGAUGCAGAGCUGCCAUCUCACUGAGAUCCAGAGAUUGGAGCAUCACUUGCUGACUCUUCCUGCAGUGCAAAUCCAGCCUGCCAAGAGGGGCCAAUGAGCUUCUAUUAAGAAGGAGCCAUUUGUCAUCAUGGUCCCGAUGGAGAGGAGCACUGAGUUCUCUCCCUGCUUUCCUCAUCAUCUCAUGCCUGGCAGGGAUCCCAAGGGUGAAGGGAAGCACACAUGGGAUUGCAGCUAGAGAGGUUAAACCUCUAGGAGUACCCAUGUAGUAGCCACCAUUUCUCUUUGAGACUUUUGGCAUCUCAGAGGGUAAUCAAUCUGAGCACUCUCUGGUCCUCCUUGUCCUUGGUUGCCCACGUUUCCCCAGUCCCCAUAGCCCCUUUCUCCUCAUGGGUCUUUUCCAGCCCAAGAGCACACCAGCCCCACCAUGAUGGUCAGGUGCUGGUGGAUGGUUCAGCAGGGUCUGUAAUAUUCCUUAAUACAGACGGGCAGGUUUUUCUUUUCAUUCCUUUAGUCCUUCCAUUAGUCAAAAUGGGACAGCCUCCUCACCCUGACUUUCAGUGAGGGAGUAUUCCCCAAGAAUGCAAAAGGAGUUUUUGGUGCCUUGGCCAAGUAAUUACCAGGACUACGACAAAGAUCACAACACUUUUCUUCAUUUUGUUGCAUGUGAACUGGUUCCACCAAAUGUCCUGUCUUCUUUUCCCCUGUGGAAGAUCUUUAUACCUGCUCUGUAUCCUGGGAUUUAUUUCAGUUUUCAUUUCUCCCAGUGGCUUCUGGCACACGGGGAAGGAAAACCAUACUCUGCUCUGCAAAGGAAAGCUGAGCAUCUCCCAGGUUUAAGCCAUAAAUUUCUACUUGAACAGUUAAUAAGAACACUUUUUAACAAUUAUUAUUAUUUUGUAAAUUGCAAGUGCAGCUUUAAAUACAUUUUGGCUCUCCUAUCCUCUUUUGUUCUUAUUCCAGCAGACAAGGAAAGGGGAAGAACAUAGUAAUCUUCACCAAAAUCAGACUACAGGCAACUUUUCAUAUAUAAGCCUCAUUCAGCAGAAUGUUUUUGCUAAAUAAACCUAUAUCACAAGUGAAAUGUGAAUGGGAAGUGCGAGGUUUCAAACUUAACACUGCUGAGAAGGGCUGAACUUUUCCAAGUUUGAAAUUUUCAAGUAUUUUGGAGGCUAGAAAUGCAAAAAGACACUAGCUUCCUCUGAAGAGAGCUAAAGGAUUGCUGUAGAACAGCUCCAGAUCUAUAGAACAUGCAGAGGAUGCUGAUGAUGGUGUUAAAUCCCCUCCUCGUACUCUGCACCCAUAGCUGGUUCAGCGCUUUUGUAGGUACCACCCAGGUGCAGAUGCAUGAGCAGAAAAAUGAGAGCUGAAAGUGUUUGGACUGGGUGGUGGUGUGCUCCAUGGGGUGCUCCAGGUAAGGGAUGUGGUUGGGACAGGCUGUGGUCCCUCAACUGUUGUGGUCUCCUCAGUGUGUCCCAGGCUGACCCAUAACAGUCAUCCUGAGCUCUGUUGUGUCUCAGCUACACAGCUAUUUUUGUUGCUUUCCAGCUAGCACAGCCUGGUAACACCAUUAAGCAUGUGGCUGGUGGUCUGAAUUCCGCACAGAAACUUUUCAUACAAGCAUAGAGUCAUUAUGGUUGGAAAAGACCUCUAAGAUCACCAAGCCCAACCCAAGUCCAACACUCACCAUGCCCACUAUCCAUGUCCCUCAGUGUCAUUGUCACAUCUCCAUAGUUUUUAACAUCUCCAAGGAUGGUGACUCUACCACCACUCUGGGCAGCCUGUGCCAGUGCAUUACUGCUCUGAUAUUUUUCCUAAUACCAACUUGAAGUUCUCCUGGUGCAACUUAAGGUCAUUACCUCUUGUUCUCUAGACCCAGCUCUUCCUAUAUCCAGAGAUUCAGCUCAAAAUUUGCCUUUCUGGAGGAUCCAGGCCUUAUCUUAGAGGAUGAACAGUGGAAACUCCCAAGGCUCCCAAGCGGGUUUUGCCCAAAGAGAUUUCAUUUAUCAUAGAAUCAUACAAUCAGAAAGGUUGGAAAAGACCUCCAUGAUGAUCAUGUCCAAUCGUCAGCCCAUCACUACCAUGCUCAUUAAAUGAUGUCCUUAAAUGCCAAAGCACACUGAUGACAUGCUCCCCAUCGCUGGAUAUUCUCUCCAGGAGUCCCACUACACAAAGAGAAGUCCUUUCCCUAAUGAGAGAGAGCCCUGAUCCCAUUCUUCCACCCCUGGAGGUACCACAACCACACAGUGCAGAACAGCCUCCCACAUAUCACUUUAUGCCUUUUAAUUAGAGUAUUUCACUUGGACAUAUGUUUUUGCAUGUUACAUUGUUUGAUGUAAAUACAAAGAGGCCAGCAGAUGCUAAUACAUAUGACACACAGGCACACACACACAGAGUCCCAGCACCCCCAAAAUGAUAGGGUGUAUGGGAGGCCAACAGGGCUGUGAAUGAGGGGACAAAGGAGUUCUGAGGGGGAGAACUCCCCAGGACAACACUAAAAAACAUUUCUACAAUUUGUACUGAGCUUGUGGGGAGAGGCAAAGAUGGCAGGAAACUCAAGAAAGUUGUGGUGGUGGUGGUAAGAAUGAUGAAAGCUUGUCGAGGAGUGAGUGGGAUCCUUGGGCCAGCCAGAUCACGGCAGCUAGGGAGGGAGGAGGAGCAUUGGAGAUGGUUGUUGGGGAGACAAGGCUCCUUAGCUGGUGUUACCAUGAUCCCAUCAACAAAGUGCCACAGGCAGGGACAGGGUGAAGGAAGGAGAUCUCUGGCAGCUCUGUCCAGUGAGUGGAUGUCUCCAUGCAGCAUUUUGUUUGCUUUGGGGGAGAAACCAAGGUCCAAUGUCGCUGCUGCAUCCC